UGGGAGGUGCCAAAAGUGUGUUGGUCUGAGUGUGUGUUGUUUUUAUGUGUAUCUGAGAGAAAGUUAAGACAGAGAAGGAGAGGGAGCCACAGGGUGAGGAAGACGAAGACGGACGAAGACACAGAGAGUGAGGUUUUCCUGGGAUUUCUACUGGACAUCAGCCAAGAUGUUUAAGAAAAAGGACACCAAGACCCCGUCUUUAAAGAUGAACUCGUCUCAGACCACCUUGGCCCAGCUGAUCGCCAAGAUGCAAAAAGACGCCGACUUGGUGGAAAGAGACGUCCUCCGGGCUGAAGGGCUGAUGGCUGUGGAUGCUGAAAAUGACAAAAAAGAGCGGCCGUUGCAGCAUCAGCAAGAGGUCUCCAGUAAACUUGGUGAGGCUGAGGAUCUGCUGAAGGAACUUUUCUUGGAUGUGGACAAAGCCAAGAAAAGCAAUUUUUCACAAGCUCAGGAGAUUGAAAAUGAUAUCAUCCACCUCCAUGAGCGCUGGCUGAAGGACUGCACCUUCUACCGAGACGUCUAUGACCAGAUCGACGAUGUGUCGAUGCUGCCCAUCAUUGACUGGGGACCCGUGUUCAGUGAAAAGGACAAACAAGUCAACACGGAGGAGUACGGCCCCACCAUGGCGGACGUACAGAAGCAGAUCGCCUCCCACAACAUCUUGCACAAAGAGAUCGAAGCCUACGGCUCACAGCUGUGCCUGAGCUCCGCCGGCAGUAAGGAUAAACUGACAACCCUGAAGAGGCAGUACAAUAACCUGCUGGAUAACUCCAAGUGGCGGCACCACUACCUGAAGAGCCUGUAUGAAUACAUGCAGGGCUGCGACAAGGAGCUGUCCUUUCUGGACAAAGAGCAGAAAAAGAUCAUCAAGCAAGACUGGAGCGAUGACAUGGUGGACCCUCCAGACGUCCGGAGGCAGUACGAGAAUUUCAAGAGCAACAGUCUCAUCCUCCAUGAAGGUGAGGUGAACAAACUCCAGGAUGAGGGGGACCGACUCAUCGAGCUGAAGCACCCGGCCAGCGUCACCAUACAGGCUCAGAGAGACGCCUUGCAAGACGAGUGGCAGAAAUUCCUCAACCUCUGCAUCUGUCAGGAGACACAUCUGGAAAACGUGGAGGCAUACAGAAGAUUCCAACUGGACACGGAGCAGCUUUCAGAGACUCUGUACAAACUUGAUAAGAGCCUGGAAUCAAAUUCUGGAAGCCAAAGAAACAAAGCAGCGACGCUUAUGCAGCUGGAGGGGGGGGAACCAGUGGUGCAGAACUCCGAUCAGCUGCUGGCUGACCUCAGGAGGCGGAGCACCACCAUCGCUCCACUGAAGCUGCGGCGCGUUCCCGUCAACAGGCCCAUAACUGUGGAGUCGCUGUGCGACUGGGAAACAGAGAAGGAUUCUGUGUCCCGAGGCGACAAGUUUACUCUGAAGUCAAACUCUGUCAACGAGAACUGGGUGCUUGUUUCAGCAAACGGAGCCACUAAAACCUUUCCAGGUGUUUGCUUCCUGAUCCCACCUCCCGACCCAGAUUCUGUUGACAAGGUGGACACUUUGGGCAACGAGCUCGCAGGCGUUAAGAAAAGAAGAGCACAACUGGCAGCGUCCCUGAAGAACCACCAGGAUGUUCCCAAAGUCCAGAAGUCAGCACCGGUGUCCUCUGCACCGCCGGACCCUAAACUCACCGCCAUGGCUGAGCAGCUGGACAAACUGGACAACGACCUAACCAAGGCUGAGGAGAGCAUGCUGAGUCGCCUGCGAGCGCCGCUGAACAAAAGCGACCCAGCCGGGGAUCUGGCUCAGAGGCUGAAGGAGCAGGAGAAAACCGAAAAGGCACUGAAGGAUCUGGAGCAGAAGAGACAGGCAGCUCAGUCCAACCUGCAGCCAGUCAUCUCCAAAGAUCUAAAUGGCACUUCGUCCGGACUGCCGCAAAAACUCAGCGCAGCCGCCAACAAGCACGACAGCAUCUCUGAACUCGCUCAGCUCUACAACAGCAAAGCAAAGGCGUCCCUCAACUUGGAGAAUCAGAUAAAGAAGGUGGAUGGUCUUGUCUCUGGAUUUGAAGAAGACCUUAGCAGAGACGGUCCGAUUCCUGACACGCCAAAAGCCCUUCAAACUCAAGCAGAGAGGAUCCAUAACCAGCGCAAGUCUGUUGCUGCAGCUCAGGGGGACAUGAAGAAGCUGAGCCAGGAUCUGGAGACCACCGAGCAGCUGUGCGGAUCUCUGCAGAGGGGCUACCAGGAGUACUGCCCUGACAUUGAGCGCCAGAAGACGGACGUCAGGCAGCUUCAAACUCGCUACGCUAACGUUGCAAACCAGCUGCAGGAGAGAGAAAGCAUCUUACAAGAAGCUUCAGCCAAGAACCAGGAGUUUCAGACCACAUGCAACGCCUUGAACAACUUCUUGGACAACCUACCAACAAAUAAGGUCAACCCCAAAGAUGAUCUGUCCCAGCUCACUGCUAAGACCAGCACCCAAGAGAGAGCAGUAAACGAUCUGAAGAGGAAGGAGGAAGAAGUCAACAGAGUGUCUACACUUUCGCAUGACCUGCAGUCGCUACUCGAUGAAUAUGAGACAAACGUGGACAGGUUCAACAGCACACUUGAGGAUGCAGGUGCCACUGUACCAAAAAAACCUGACGUUCUCACUCUCUCUGAUGCUAUUGAGAAAGAGGAGAAAGAUUUGGUGAACCGUUACACAAAAGCAAAAGCUGAAAACGUUCAACGCCAAAAGCAGAUGGGCUUGGCUCAGAGCAUUAUUGCACAAAAUGAAAGGAAGGUUGAGAUGGUGUCACAGCAGCAGGUCCAGACUCAAAGCCAGCAAAAGACUGCUACUGAUAUAGACGCUCUGCAAAGAGAGCUGAAUGAAGAGAAGGAGAGGAGUCUUCAUGCUCAGGCCAGUCUGAAAACCUUCAGGGACAGGAUGAUGUCCCUGAAGAGUCGCAGGGGAGUGGAACGUCUCGAGGAGAAGGAAGUUCUGCAGUACUACAGAGACCCAAAACUGGAACGUGAUUUGUCUGAUCUGAAAAACACACUGCAUGAGGAGGCGCUGAAACGUAGUACUGUUCAGUCUGAGGUUGAGGUGGUGAACAAAAAAAUCACAACGUUAGAGGACGACAUCAAAAACAAGCCACCAAAACUGGUAACUAGAGAGGUGACAGAGUUUGAGAGAGAUCCUCAGCUAGAUGUCGAGGCCGCUAAGUUAAAAGAUGAAAUUGCAAAGACAAAAGACGAAAUCAGAGUUAAAGACAGAGAGCAGCAUAAGAUGCAGACAGAAGUUGAGAUCCUCAUGCAAAAGAAGCCCCCCAUCAAAGAGAAGGUGGUGAAGAAAGAGAUUGUUAAAGUGCAGCAAGAUCCGCAGAUGUUGAAGGCAGUGCAAACGUUUCAGGUGGAAAUUUCUGAAGAGAGCAACAAGACCAAGCUCCUCCACGAUGAAGUCUUCCAGACGAGGAGCCAAAUUAAUGCGCUGGAGAGGCUGAUUCCCAACAUCCAGCCAAAGAUCAUCACCAAAGAGGUGAAAAAGGUUGAACAAGACCCUGAACUUAUCUCAGAGUGUGAGAAAAUCCAAAAAGACCUGGAGAAGGAGAAGACUGAGGCAGAUUCCUUGACCAAACAAGUCAUUGAGCUCCACAGUCGCUACAGAGACAUACAAAACUUGAGGCCAGUAGUGGAGGUGAAGGAAAUUGUUAACGAGAUUUACCGCAUCGACCCAAACACAGAGGCUGAGAUCAUUCGCAUUAACAAAAACAUACAAGACAUCAAUAAACAGCGUGCUGGUCUUGAACGAGAUAUCACCAAGGUCACCACUGAUGUAAACCUCCUUCGCUCUGAGAAACCAAAAGUGGAACUGAAAGAAGUUCUCCAAGAAGUUGUCAAGGAAGAGCGAAGCCCUGAAAAUGAGCGUGAGAUUCAGAGGCUAAAUGAACAGGUCAACAACCUGCACUCACGCUACAUAUCCCUACAGGACCAAGUCCGACUGCUCCAGAAAGAGAGGGAUGAAUGGAAGGCUGAGAAAUCCAAAGUAGAGACCAAGCUUGUCACCAAUGAAGUCAUCAAGUAUCUGCCUGAUCCACUUCAGGAGAAGGAGGCAGGCCGCUUAAGAAAAGAAGUGCGGGAAGAGGCACAGCUGCGACGUAACAUAGAGGAGAUGGUGUUUGACCUGCAAAAUAAAUGCAUCAAUUUAGAAAGGCUGAAACCUGAAGAGAAAGUGGUUAAGAAGAAGGUUGUUCACCAACAGAAAGACCCUCAACAAGCCAGGGAGCAGGAGAGGCUCAGCAAGACCCGAGAUGAUGAAGUAAAGAGUCGUCGUAGGCUAGAGAUUGAGCUACAGCAGUUAAGAAUAAAGCUGGAAGACAAGGAAAAGAUCCUGAGAGAGAGCGAUGAGCGACUAAAAAAGAUCCAAGCAGAAUCGGAAGUCAGAGAGAUCCGAUCUCGCAUCAGUCAGCUGGAAAAUGCUCCACCUCCUGUUGAGGAGAGUAUAGUUGUGGAGGAGGUGCUGAAGGUUGAGAGGGACCCCAAGCUGGAGAAAAUGACAAGCAGUUUGCGCUCCAGCAUGGACACGGAAACCAGCAAUAUCUUGCGUCUCGAGAGAGACAUCCGUAGCAUCACUCUGAAACUUGAAGUUCUGCAAAAGGAGAAGUCAGGAGAAAGAACGGUGUAUAAAGAGGUUGUCCGCGUUGAGAAAGAUCAAGCUGUAGAGGCCGAGAGGGAUCACCUGAGAGAGCAGGUCUCUCUGAGCAAAUUUGAAAGACAAAAGCUUGAGGAUGAAAUCAGACGUUGCAAUGACAAACUCAAUCUUCUGAAGAGCGGCCAAUCCAGCACUUCCAGAGAAGAGACGAGUCUCGUUUUGAAGAGGGAUUCCUUACUGAGGGAUAAGGACACACUCACAAGAGAGUUCAGAACGCUGGAGGCCAAGAAACACGACAUAAGCCUGUCUUUCCAGCAACAAAACCGACUAAUGAGUGAAAGAACCCAACUCAACAGGCAGAAAAGCCUCAAGAUGGAGUCAGAUGUCCAGCGCCUAGAGAGACAAAUAUUGGAUGAAAAAGACAAGAUCCAUGAGCGAGACAGUACCAUCCGUGAGCUUCUGCAAGAGGUGCAAAGAGAGGGAAAUUCUGAGUCAAGGACCAAAGAGACCAACACGUCUACCAAAAUCACUAUCUUGGAUCCAGAAACGGGUAAAGACAUGUCUCCCUAUGAUGCCUACAUACAGGGCCUCAUUGAUCGUCCGCAGUACUUGCAUCUGCAGAAGUUAGAGUCCGACUGGGAAGAAAUAACCUCCAUGGGACCUGAUGGUGAGACAUCUGUCCUGCAAGACCGCAAAAGUGGAAAGCAGUAUCCCAUUAAAGAUGCCAUUAAAGAGGGAAAGAUAACAGAGUACGAUCUGCAACAGUACAAAAAAGGCAAAAUUCCCAUUUCAGAGUUUGCCCUGAUGCUUGCAGGUGUUGACAAAAAGCAACAGCAGCUUAGUUCAAUCCUCCCAAAGUCUGCCACUCCAGUAAAUUCAGCCCCUUUAGACCGCUCCAACACUGAGGAACUAUACCCAAUUGCAGGAGUGAUGGACACAAAUACUGGCACCUGCUUUACAAUAAGUAAUGCCACCCAGCGCAGACUGAUAGACCGCACCACUGCCCAAAGGCUGCUGGAGGCUCAGGCAGCAACAGGUGGCAUCAUUGACAUCCAAAACAAGGACAGAUACACAGUUCACAAGGCAGCAAACAGAUGUCUCAUUGAGGAAAGUCAACUCCAGCGACUGCUCAAUGCAGAAAAAGCUUUUACUGGAGUGGAAGACCCCACAACCAGAAGGAUUUUGUCUGCGGGUGAAGCAGUACAGAACGGUUGGAUGCUAAAGGAGACUGCACGCCGCUACAUGGUGGUCCAGCUCUUGACCGGAGGGCUGGUCAAUCCCAAAACAGGCGGCAGGAUGAGCGUCACAGAUGCCUAUACGUCCAAAAUGAUAGACAGCACAAUGAUGAGGGAACUGCAAGCCGAGACAACGUAUGAGAAGGAUAUCUUAGACCCACUAACACAGGAGAAGAUUAACUACAAACAAGCUCUGGAUCGCUGCAAAAAAGACCCAAAGUCUGGGUUACCGAUGCUGCCCACCUCCUCCAAAGGAACUGGCUACACAACAGGCAGCAACUCAGUCAAGUAUUCUUGAAUCUAGAUAUGUUUACUGAUCAGGGUUAACUUGUUUAUGAAGCUACGGGGUAAACAAGUACCGGUGGAAAUAAAAAAAAGUUUUGUGGACUUUUGCAUGUUGACUCAGGAGAUAUCUACAACUACAGCUGCCUGUCAAGCUAAAAUAUUUGCGGUUGAGUUGCAUUUGUUUACCAAAUCGAUCUUUUGUGGGCGGAUUUGUUAGUUUUUUCUGGUUUGCUUUUGGUUUAAUUUAAAAGCACAGAAUAUAAAGGCUACUUAUCUGUGAUAUCGUGUUUGUUUGGGAUCCUGGGGCCCGGUGCAAUGCUAUUUGCUAAGAUUGAUUUGAUUAUGUAUAACUUUUGGGAUGUUGUUGACACUAAACUUUAAACUCAAGACUGUUUAAUAUCCAAUGCAAAAAAUAUAUAUAUCAAUAAAUUAUGUGAUUAAAGAGCA